CACCCAGCAGCUGCGUGGUGACUGAAUGGGGUGAGUGGGACCCCUGCAGCGUUACCUGUGGUUUGGGUAUGAGAAGACGUGAGCGCAUGGUGAAGAUGCCACCUAUAGACGGAUCGAUGUGUAAAACCGAGGUGGCCGAAGUAGAGAAAUGCAUGAUGCCAGAAUGUCAUACCAUCCCUUGCAUGCUGUCACCCUGGUCCGACUGGAGUGAGUGUAGUGUGACGUGCGGGCGGGGCAUACGAACACGCCAGAGGAUGCUGAAGUCUGAUCCUGCAGAGUGCAGCGAGGAGCUGGAGCAGACGGAGAAGUGCAUGCUGCCUGAGUGCCCCGUCGACUGCAUGCUCUCCGAGUGGUCCGAGUGGUCCGAGUGCAACAAGUCCUGUGGUAAAGGACACACCAUUCGGACACGUAUGCCCAAACUGGAGCCGCAGUUCGGGGGUAGUGCUUGUCCCGAGACCAUCCAGAGGAAGAAAUGCAAGAUCAGGAAGUGUGGGAAAAGGACAAAGGUGACGAGAGGUGAAGGUGGAGGAGUAAGAAGAGGAGGAGGAAGAAAUAGAAGGAGACCAGGUGCAUGGGGAGCAGAAGAGCAGCCAGGUUGCAGGAUGCAGCCGUGGACCAUCUGGACGGAUUGCACCAAACAAUGCGGAGGGGGGAUCCAGGAGCGUUUGAUGGCAGUGAAGAAAAGAGCUAAAGGCCCUCAGAUGUCCGGCUGUAAGGACCGGAAGGAGAUCCGUGCCUGUAACGUUCAUCUCUGCUAGGGGGCACUACUGAGCUGCAGAGGAGGGGAGAGGAGCAGCAGGAUAAAUACACGAGUUAUGAAAAAAUGGGUUUAUUUGAUAAAGAUGAUGAUGGGGAGGAACUUUUUGUGUACAGAGGAGUGAAGAUGAUGUUUGACACUUUGGAAAAAGGAGAUGAGUGUAGGUAAGGAGAGGGGAAGGGAGAAGACAGGAGGAUAAAAGGAGAAGAAGAUAAUGUGCUGUGUAGUGAAGCCAUUGUAGGCAUUUAGUUGACAGGGCUGACUUUUACUUUAGACCACAAUGGAAGUAUUAGAGAGUAAUGUCUGUGUCCUGCAAAAAAAAAAAUCAGCUUUUCAGGAAUUUUGAGAAAAAAAAAACUACAGUAGCUUUGCCAUUGAAACAUGUGACUUUUUUGUGUAAUUUCAGUAGUUUUGGCCCCUGGGUUAUGGAAUAGGGUUGGGACUGAGAUUUGCUCAAAACACACUGAAACUGGGAUUUCUGGCAUGUGUCUGCUUCGUAUGUACUGACACAAAGAUGCCUUCUCCAAACAUCAUUAAUGAUACCAAGCAAGUGUUGUAGCUAUUGUCCCCAUUUGAAGUGCUAUCAUAAUCGUAAUCUAACUGGAUGGAUGUUUUAGCAGCUUCUUACGAUCCUUAUCCAAGUUAAAAUGGCAGCCUGUUGCUGUGUGGCAUAUUAUUUGUAGAAUAGGUGUGAAGAAGCAGAGAAAUCUGGAAAUUCAAACAGUGCAGGUGGUUCAACUAUCUUAACCAGCGACGUAUUUACCAUAUACCUAACUAACCACGUAGUGAAAUUGGUCUGGCUCACUAACAGUCCACAUAGCCCACAGGGCCAGAACAGGCCAGCUAUGGUCAUACAGUUGACUGGGUUAUAGCUAUGUCAUUGGCCAUUUGUGGCUACCAGAUCUGGCCACAUGUGGACCACAGUUCAUUGCUGUGUUUGGGUUUUCUUUUGAGUGUAUGGGCCAGACCAAAUUUAUUAUGUGAGUAAAAUAGCCAGAGAUAUGUACAUCUUAUAGGGCAGGUAUUUUGCAAUCUCAAUGUUAUCUUUGGUAUUUUCGAGGCACAAAAGACUUUUGUUCCUUGACAUUAGCCUUUAAGGCAGGCAACAUAAGGACACCCUUAAAAAUGCACCAAGCCUGGGGAGUAGGGCUGUCUAAAGGACCAACAAAAGUCCCAUCGGUUGUUGUAAUUUCAACACCCAUGAGCUUCAUGGAAGUGGGUGAUUAUAGAUAAAGCCAGAAGGCUGAUGUGAGCACACACAACUACAAAUAUGAAGCAAACACAGCAAGGCACAAUACCAAACACAAUGACAAUGAUAACACAUGCGAGCUACAGGGAGGAUAUUCCCACUGCGCAUUUUUUCCACCUCAAAGAUAAUUUACUUCUAUUAAGAGCACUUGUUGUUCUACUACCACAUGAAGAAUAACAUCAGACAUUUUGAAUGCAAAUCUCUGGGAAUGAGUAAUACAGUAUGUUCCCGGGAAAUAAUAAUCACAAUCAAUCACAUCAAACUGUCAACCAUAGUAUGGAGUACUAUACGUUGUUAGCUGUCCCUUAUUGAGAGAAAGCGUAAACGGACUAAACUGAAGAUGUAGGAUUUUUGCAAGACAUAGAUGCUCACACAGAAAGUCUCUAAAGACUUAUGGAUGUACUGUAUAUCUACUAUCUAACCAACACUUAUAAAUGACACUACUAUGUAAGUACUAAAAACCACUUUCCCUAAUAGACAGAUACAUUUAAAUGGAGAUGUUUUAUACUGUUAAAAUUAGUCUUUAUAUACUGUACUGCUGUUUAUCUGUCGUUUCAGCUGAUGUAGCAUUAAACCUGCGCAGAUCUUCUUUUAGCAUGUGCAAAGGUGAUUAUGUUUGGUUGGACAUUCUGCUUUCUCUGCCGUAGAUGUAGUCUUUAAACAGAUAGCUAAAUGACUGUACCCGGUUCCUGAAAACACAGACCGACGGAGCCGUAGAAGUGUCCACUGGUGCAAAGAGGUUUGCAACAUUGCAGAGCUUUCUACAGUAGCAAGAACUGUAGGAUAGCUCAACAUACAGUAGACUGUUACUGGGGCCUUGGUUACACACACUUUAUUUUCAUGUAGUGUUUUUAUUGCGCUUUUCAUUUUAUUGCCAUCAUGAGAGUGAUCUGUAAAAUCUUUUCUAGUAUUACUUUAGAUUACGUUGCAGGUUUUGUUCUGUUUUAAUGUCAUCGAAUGUCAUCACCAAAGUUCCAUUUUCUGUAGAUGUUUUCUUUACUUUUCUGAUUUCAGGCCUCUGUCUUUUGUUUCUUUGCCUCUGUAUCAUGUGACUAUUUUCUAAGAAACCACCUUUACAAUAAAAAAUGUAAAUGUGAAAA